UGGAUAUGGGACUGAAGAAGGACUCCAUGGUGCCCCCUGAUGGCAGCAGUCUUGAGGCCCUUCUGAAGACAGAUCCCCUGGACAAGCGCAGCCUGCCGGACCCCCGGCUCCUGAGCGACGAGGACAGCCUGUCUGAGUUCCCUGGAGCAAACUCACGCACCAGGAAGAGAAUCCUGGAGCCCGAGGACUUCCUUGAUGACCUGGAUGAUGAGGAUUACGAAGAGGACACCCCCAAACGACGAGGGAAAGGCAAGGGCAAGGGCAGAGGCGUGGGCAGCGCCCGGAAGAAGCUGGACGCAAUCGAGGAUCGAGACAAACCCUACGCCUGUGACAGUGAGUAAC